GCAGUCGGUCUGAAGCAGGGCGGGGAUGCAAAGCGGGGAUGCACAGCGGGAAGGCUCCCGGGGCGAGGCUGCCGGCGGACCCCCGGCCGCCCGUCCCGGCAGACGGCGGCGAGGCGGAGCUGGAGCUGUGCACCGUGCGGCACCAACCCGAGGCGCUGGAGAGGCUGCUGGCGCGGACCAAGUUCAGCAAGCAGGAGCUGCAGGCUCUCUACCGCGGCUUCAAGAACGUGAGUCUGGGGGCGUCCCCAGCCCGGCCCCCACCGCAGGGCUGGCGUUUGGGGGUCACCGGUGCCCACCUCCUCCCCAGGAGUGUCCCAGCGGGCUGGUGGAUGAGGAGACCUUCAAGCUCAUCUACUCGCAGUUCUUCCCCCAGGGAGGUGAGCUGGGGGGGGACCCCCAAGGGCUGCAGGGGGGCUGCAGCCACCAAGAGCCCCAAAUCCUGCUGCUGGUGCAUGCCAGGGCCCGAGCUUCACCAGCUGCUGAUGCCCCCACAGAUGCCAGCACCUACGCGAGCUUCGUGUUCGAUGCCUUCGACGCCGACGGCAACGGCGCCCUCUGCUUCCAGGAUUUCGCCGUGGGGCUCUCUGUCCUGCUGCGGGGCACGGUGCAGCAGAAGCUGAGGUGGACGUUCGACCUCUACGACCUCAACAAGGACGGCUGCAUCACCAAGGAGGUGACAGGGGGACGGCCACGGCGCCAGCAGGGGGCAGGCACCGCUGGGGACACCCCCAGAGGGCUGAGGGUGGCAGGAACAGGCGCUGGAGGAGCACAGUGCCCUCAUUUGGGUGUUUCUUGUCACCCUGCCCCCUCUGUCCCCUCCCAGGAGAUGCUGGAGAUGAUGAAGUCCAUCUACAGCCUGAUGGGACGCUGCACCCAUCCCCCGCUGAGGGACAGCGCCCCUGCUGAGCACGUGGACCUCUUCUUCCAGGUGAGACCAUCCUGCCUCAGCCACCAACCCCACCCCGUGCCCCCAGCUGGGGCUGCCACCGCCGCUGGGGACAGCCCUGCUGAGCCCCUGCUGUGCCCUCACAGAAAAUGGACAGGAAUGGAGACGGUGUGGUGACCUUCGAGGAGUUCCUGGACACGUGUCAGAAGGACCAGGACAUCAUGAGGUCCAUGAAGAUCUUCGAGAACGCCAUCUAGGACCCGGGAGCAGCCACUCGGCCCUGCCAGCAGCCCAGGGCAGCCUUUUUUCUACUGUUUCAGAUGAAGCAAAGAGGUUAAAAGCAAGAACAGAACCUGGUGGCUGACAGCACUCCAGCGCCACCAGACCACAGCAGCUGCAGAUGCCUUUGCCAGCUGAGCCCUCCCCAGCACGGCACCUGGCACUGCCCACCCC